GCAAGUCCCGUCAGCCACACGACGUCAUGGAUAACUGAAAUGAAUUGCAUCACGGCAUUCAUUCGAAUCACUUGACAUAGACAUACUCAGGCUCUGACAUCCUCUUUGUGCUUCAACGCCCUUUGUUUUCACGUCAAGUUCUGUCACCCUUGUUUUGAGUUUCACCCCCACAUUAUACUAUAUAGACACAGAUCUCCUGAGAGUGAAGCAAGGUCGCAAUGCCUUUCAACCCCAUCGGCGAUGCUCAGGACUUUACUAGGAUCAUCAACAGCGGGAAGACAGUAGUGAUAGACUUCCACGCAGACUGGAGCGGAUGGUGCCGGUCGACCUCUCAACAGUUUUCCGAGCUCAGCGACACGUUCGUCCGCAUCGGCGUGGAUUUCUAUCGCGUGAAUGUGGAUGAACUAGAGGAUGUGGUGCUGGAGGCUGAUGUGCGCGUUGUUCCUACGUAUAUGGUGUUCAAGGAUGGGAAGAAGGUUGGGCAUGCGACGGGCGAUGGGUUGAGUCUAAACAAAUUGAUGGGGUCGUAUGUGACGGGAUGGACAGGAGUCGUUGCUUAGGGGGAGACUACGAGACAAGAGGCAAUCGAUUGAUCAGAGAAGGGAUUAUAGAAGGGAUCGUAUGGUUAUGAUAUGGGGAAAUCAAAUGUAUAACGGAAUAACAGAUUGGAAUGACUACUACUAAACCUGUCUAUCGUGUGAAUGUGCAUGAACUGGCCUAUGUGCGCGCUGCAUGUGUAUUUAACAUGAUGCUUUUGUAGCCGAUUGAUGGUGAUGUUGUAGGUCCCUACCUAUAUGGUGU